CACAGCGUCGACACCGUGUGUGUUGGUAUCUCUUUUUAUUCUUUGCUGUAAUUUUUCUGCAAUUUUCCUUUCAUUCCGGCGUCCUCUGCCCUUAAUAGGACUUCAGCUCGCCCGAUUCACGAUUUUGUGUGAAAAAUCCUAUGAAAAAAAUAGGACACAUCAUCUGAAGGACAAUGAGUCGGCCGCAGCAGCCAUCAAACAAAAGAAAGCGGAAAAGGUGCAACGCUGUGCCUGCCCCUGCUGCAAACAGGGAGAAUGCGCUGCUCAUUAGAAACCCGCUUCGAUCAUUUCUGAAGUUGCCCGAGCCGUACGCCGGAUACUUUGACACCAUUUGGAAGUUGGGGCUCAAUGGCAACAACAGGAGGGACAACAACUAUGUCAGCAUCAACGAGUACCGAGACAUGCAGGUCUCGGUAGUCACAGACAUGUUGGCGCAGCUCUUUGGGUCCAACGUUGGCGUCUAUUCGAAAAGCGCCAUGGACGAGCAGGUCGCCACAAUCCGCAUCCCAGGAGUCAAGAUCUUCUCCAUUUUUGCUUUGGGAAUGUUAAAAGUUGUUAGAUUGACUGCCGACAGACUGGAAAAAGACUCGGCCCGCUUUUUGGACAGUCUUAACAAAGCAAUGAGGAUCAAAGAAGUGCCCAGAAAAACGUUUUCCGAGUUUCAAGAAAUGGCUUCCACGGCUGCCAGAGACCAACGUCGGUGGGAGGAGGAUUUUAGAAAGAGGAUUGCAGUUAGAGAAAGAGAUACCAGCAUCACUCUGACUGAAACAGUGAAUUUGAUAUUACCUUCACAGGAUGAUUCAUUUGUUUCAGAUGAUCCUAUCGAAGAUCAACCACCAAAAGAACCUGAAACUAUAAUCCCUGUGAUUUUUGAUCCAAUUCAUGUGGUGCAGGAAAUACCAAUCAACCCACCACAUGUCAGCACUACUGACAAUGAUGUUGCUAUUAGGACUCCUCCUGAUACCACUCAACCCAACAAACGAAGAACAAAUGUAUCAACUGAUAACGGAUCAAGGAAGAAAAAGGCAGGUGUUGGGGCGUCUCCUCAGCCAAUUAGUCCUCAGACGUCUCCUCAGCCAAUUCUUCCUCAGACGUCUCCUCAGCCAAUUCUUCCUCAGAUGUCUCCUCAGCCAAUAUAUCCUCAGCCAAUUCUUCCUCAGCCGUCUCCUCAGACGUCACCUCAGUCAAUUCGUCCUCAGCUGUCUCAUCAGCCAAUUCUUCCUCAGAUGUCUCCUCAGCCAAUACAUCCUCAGCCGUCUCCUCAGACGUCUCCUCAGUCAAUUCGUACUCAGCCGUCUCAUCAGCCAAUUCUUCCUCAGCCGUCUCCUCGCCCCAUUUCUCAAUCAUCUCUUAGUCUGAUUCAUCGUCCCACCCCUGAACCAUCUCCUCGCCCAUCUCCGCAGAAGAGGCGUUCAAAAAUUGUGCCUGCUUUUAAAACAAGGGAUGCUAGGAGAGCCAUAUUGGAUGCUCGAGAGGAAUACGAGCUCUUUCAAAGUGGCUUCGCUACCAUGAGAAGAUCACGACGGCGCAGACAGCCUAAAAAGAUGAAUCCUCUUCUGCUCCCUUUCAAUGAUUCUGACGGACCUAAACAAAGAAGGCAAGCCAAGAAGAAGGCUCUGGCUGACUUUGCUGAGGCCAUAAGAAACAGACCAGCGUCAGUCAUUACUGAAAGGCCUGAAUUCAGAGUCAGAACUCCUCAGCAAACUCGAAGGUCGAAACAGAGAAAGAGCAGGAGACGACGUCCUCCACCGAUGCCGACACCGCCUGUUCCGCAGCCUGGACCAAAUUCUCAACUGCCUGACAUUCCUGAUACUAUUGACGAGCAGCAGGUGCUACCUGGACCUGAGCCACCUUUGCCUGGGCCGCAAGAAGAUCUGCCAGCGCCUCCUGAACCUGAACCUGAGCCACCUUUGCCUGGGCCACAUGAAGAUAUGCCAGCGCCUCCUGAACCUGAGCGGCUGCAUAAGCCUAAUCCUGAUCCGCCAGUGUCUCCUGAGCCUCCUCCUCCAUCACCAUUCAACGAGGACAUCAUCAGGGAUCUGCAGUUCACUCCGAUGAGCAAGCACAGCAUCAUGUUCAAAUUGUCGCAAUUGCAUGCUGGUGCUGGCAGUGAAAGCAACAAGCGAAUCUCCUUCAAACAUCUGGCCCCGGUGGACAGCAUGAGCAGAAAGAUCGCUGCGCUAGCCUUUGCUCAGUUGCUUGAAAUGUCCAAAAUGGCUUACAUUAAGCUGAACCGGCCCCAUGCCUAUGGUGAUAUAAAAAUUACUCUGACUCCCACAUUCGACCAUGACAUCGAGAGGCCAGAAUUUGAUAAUGUCAUUCAACCAAAUGAAUGAAACUUCAACCAAGAUACAUUGGCGAAUAUGUCACUUCGACUCCGGCCAAACUUUUGCAGGUUGUAUUAAAACUAAUUUAGUAUUCCUACUAAAUUUCAUGAAACAACUUCGUACAAAACUGUUUUCCUUAAAAUAAUUAUUUAUGGAGGUCAGUCUGACAGUAUUUUGUAUUUGGCUACUUUUUGAUUUGGUGUGUUAUUUUUAGUUUAUGUAAAGCCACAAAUUUAAAACUAUAUGUUAUUAAACAUAGACAAAUAAAUAAAUUUUCCAAGAAGAGAUACAUAACUAAAAAACCGGGCUUCUUUUAUCAUUUUAAAAUUAUGUAUGUACAAAAAAAUAGCCCGUUUUUCUUCAUCUCUACUCUUAUUCUUAUAUAAUCAUCAUUAUUUUUUUUCUAUGAUAAUUAUCCAAAGCUGAAGUGUAUUUAGCAUUUUGCAUGUAAUUUAAACAAAUUAAAUUCUCAGAAAUCUCUAUAA